UGCUGGAUCGCAUCUGAAGCGCCUCCAUCUAAAUAUUACAUACAUUUCACCUUCGGUUUGACGUGGGACGAGGCGCAGCAUUUCUGCCAGAGCUAUUACACCGACUUGGCCACCAUCUCUACGGCCUCAGACAUGGACAACAUGGACCUGAAGCAGUACCUGGUGUGGGUCGGCCUGUACAGAGAACGGUGGAGCUGGAAAUGGUCUGAUGGAGCGUACUAUUCCGUCUCAGACUGGGGGAAGAAUGAGCCACACUGGGACCCACACUGUGCCUCCGUCUAUUUCAGUAACAAAAAGAUUUAUUCCAGAGAUUGUGGAACUCAUCUGAUGUUUGUCUGUCGGAAAGGAAAUGAUUACACGUUUGUAAACGAGGCAAAGACUUGGCCGGAGGCCUUGGACUACUGCGAGUCUCAGAACGGAAAUCUGGCGAGUUUCAGGAGCUCCGACAUGAACCAGAUCUUUACUGAGUUUGACUUUCCCGUCUGGAUUGGACUGCACAGAGAUGGGGGUUCAUUCAUCUGGAGCUCGGGGGGUUCAGGGGUUACAAGCUGGAAAACUGGCGAGCCGAGCAGCAACGCCAACUGCGUGGCCUUGUCCUCGCUGAGCAGGCUGAUGGCCACCGAGCCCUGCGACGUCCGGCUUCCCUUCGUCUGCAUGUGGGACGGGAACGUCAAUGUGCUGCUGGUGACGGAGGAGAAGAGCUGGGAGGAGGCGCUGGAGCACUGCCGGGGCCUGAGCGGAGACGGCCUCAGCUUCGACCUGGUCAGCGUUCAGCCUGGAGACGAACAUCAGCACAUGAUGGGCAAAAUCAUGGCGGCCGACACCGAGGAGGUGCGUUCAAACACCGCGGGUCUGACCCGAUGUGUUAGCUGA